UACUGCGGAAAACAUAUUCGACUUUUCUAAUGGUCUGUCUUGAAAAUGAAGUCUAAUUAGGGACCAUUCACUAUUUAUGGCCACGGAGGAUUUGUGCUCAUUUUGUAAGUAAAGGAAUACCAGGAAAAGUCUAGAAGAAGGAAAAACCGACUUCUCAAGAAAUGCGCAUUGCAAAUGGUCUUUUAAUUGAUAUUACAGUUCAAUCUCUGGAAGAGAAGUCACUUUAUUCAGAUAAACACUAGCAAGGCGAUUUGAAGAAAGAGUCUUUACGAGCGAACUCAAUCUUCAAUACAGAUAUGAAGAUGAAAGCCAUUGUUGAUAUGGCGAGGACGAUCAUAUUCCUUUUACUAGCAAUUGAAGCUACACCGGUAUUAGGGAUACUUGGACGUGGGAUAGGAGUACAGCCUAUUGGUCGCGGUAGUAGUGGCGCUCCUUCUGGCGGUAGUAGUGGUGGUAGUAGCGCUCCUUCUGGCGGUAGUAGUGGUUUCAGGAGCGCUGCUUCUAGCCGUAGGCGUAGUAGUGAUUACAGUCGUCACAGGCGCCCUGCUUCUGGCCAUAGUAGCGCUGUCGAUGGUAAUUGGGGACAAUGGUCUCCAUGGAGUCGAUGCAGUGUGAUAUGUGGUUCAGGAAUUCGUACAAGAACACGCAGGUGUGAUAACCCUCCACGCAGAGGUAGAGGUAAACCAUGUGCAGGAAACAGCCAAAGCACUGAAAACUGUAGAAGCUGUGGGUUAGGUAACGAAGAUUGUGAGUCUUCUGACGUACGAUGCAAUGAUGUCUGCAGGCUGCCUGACCACAGGUAGCCCAAGCUGGCUAUUACUUGGUAUAUUAUAGAGAAUGCAUGGGAAUAAACAUCACUCGAAACGUAUUAAGCUAAAACUAAAUAAAACGUACUAAAAGUUCUAA